CGUUACAUAACUUAUUACUUAUACCUAUAGAAGAUUAGAAGACGUUACGAUAACAAAAGCAAUAUUUAGAAAAUGAUGUCUGUCAGCUGACUGACUAGGCCUUAAGGCAAAACAUUUAACAGUGUUAUUUAAAUAAAAAUAAGUCUGUAGUCCAGUAGUCGAUCAUGAUCGUUGUCACUCUGUUUGGUCUAGCAAUACUGCAGCACACGGCUGCAACAAAAUGCAUUGCCGGAGAUCGUAUGUUGGAAUCAAAUUCAAAAAUUAAAUCUGGAGAAAACUUCUACUUCGUUGAUGAUCUGUACGAUUGGAAUGAUUAUUUCCGUGAUUAUUUCACUAGUUACCAAUACUUCACCCAAGAAUUCACCCAAGAAUUCACGAGUUCAAAUGAAAACUAUAUCGAGCAAACUAUAGAUGUUACGAACAACGUCGAAGAAUUACACGACUUUCUGAACUACUCUGUGCCUUGUGGUGUUCAGGGCACGAGUGAAUGGUCGAGGUCCGACGGCAAUAGUCGAAUAGUCGGCGGUAUGGAUUCGAUACCAGGCGAGUUCCCGUGGCAGAUAUCUUUGCAACUCGUCACCGGUAUGACGGCCAGACAUGUGUGUGGUGGAUCGGUAAUCAAUGAAAAUUGGGUGUUGACGGCAGCGCAUUGCGUGUACGGACAGUCCAAAAACAAGCUGUCCGUGGUGGCCGGAAAAAACGACCUUUACAAGGUCGAGAAUUACGACCAGAGAGUGAAUGUCGCUGACAUACGUUUAAACGGGUUCGACCAGAAAUGGUUUUCCAGAGACAUUGCGUUGCUCAGGGUAAAUCCGGCGUUGGUGUUCGAUGGGAGUCACGUGUCUCCGAUUUGUGUCCCAAGACCGGAGACACGAUUCGAAAAUGCUUUGGCGGUGGUCACAGGAUGGGGACGGUUGUCGGAGAACGGAAAAUUCGCGCACGUCCUGCAGAAAGUUCGACUGCCUCUGAUCGCGGUGGAUGACUGUCUGAACUUGUACAACAACGCCGGUUACGGUAAUUACGUCAGUCAGUGUGUGGUCUGCGGCGCAGGAACGACGGACAACGAGGCGGAUUCUUGUCAAGGCGAUUCCGGUGGCCCACUGACUUGUCUGGCCGAAGACAACCGUUUCUACCUGUGCGGUAUCGUCAGCUGGGGACUAGGUUGUGCUCACCCGACCUACCCUGGAGUCUACACUGCAGUGUCUUGUUACUCGGAUUGGAUAAGAGACACGGUUGCCCAUUAUGAACAAUCUAGCUACCCAUAUUAACACUCACAAGAUGAUUUAACUUUUGCACGAUUUUUUUCAUUAAAUUUAUUUAUGAUUAUAAUUAUUUAAUAGUAUUUGUGCGUUUAUUGUUGCGCACUAUGUCUAUGAAAAUAUAAAUAAUUCAACAGUAUAAUAAUAUGUUUAUUAUUGUGUUCACUUGUUUUAUUUGAUAUAAGUAUUUCACCUUGAUUUUGGUCUUAAUUAAAAGAGAUCGAUUUCCUUCCAUGUUUUUGAAUAUAUUAAUUUUAUUUACUUGAUGUUUUGUA